AAAAGAAUUUCCCACAAUCACUUGCACAUGGCUCCUGUGGCUAGAAAAUAAAAUGUGUUCUGACUCAGACUAAAGAAACUGUUUAUACUGCAAAGAAGCAAAAUCCCUCAUUAGAAAAAUAAACCAGUGAAGUAUUUAAACAGAAUAAGUAUAUGACUGAAGACAACUGUAAACUCAAGAGAACACUCAAAUUAAAUUGUAAAAACAUGCCAAGUCUAUGAAGGAUUUUAACGUGUAUUAUAUCUAUAUACUGAGGACCAUUUAUAGGUACACUAGGAUAUUGAACUGAGAUUAACUGCUUCAUCGUUCUGUGCUGUUGUCUAUUAUUAUUAAUUAUUAAUGUGGAUUUAUAUUAGUGUAUUCAGACAGUGACUGCAUAUGUGCAUCUAGCCACAACUAUAUCAGAUAUACACAUUUCUGAAGCUGGCAGCAUGAGUUUGAUUCUGAAAAGUCUUUCCUCUGUAUUAAAACUAUUUUCUGCAUUUCCACAGUAUAAUGUUCAUGUUAUUAAAAUUCACAUUACCUCUCUGGGCUUUUAAUAACAGGUACAACACGCUCUCUCAGAGACCCAGUUUAGCAGAUGCCCCGCCUCCACUCUGCUGUUUCUGGUCCUCUGUCACUGACAGGAGAGACAAGCCCCACCCUGCUUCUCUGCCAUUGGCUGGAGAAUGAGGCCAAGGCCAGAAGAUGAAUCGAGAGGCAAUACUGAAACUAAGAUAAAAACAAACCAUCUGCUGACAGAACCAUGAGAGCCUUUUAGACAGAGUGGUGGAAAUUCAGUCUCAGAGCUCAUCCAGAAUGAGUUGCUCUAACUCCCACCGUGAAAUCUAAUAGUGGGACCAACCAUGCUGCAGGUCCUUCCCUGGGUUACGCUGACACUGACCUCACUUUCUUCCCUGUGAAGAUGGACACCCUGGAGUCUGAGCUGACCUGCCCCAUCUGUCUGGAGCUGUUUGAGGAUCCCCUAUUGCUGCCGUGUGCCCACAGUUUGUGUUUCAGCUGCGCUCAGCGUGUCCUGGUGUCCCACUGCACCUCGUCUCUGAAGCCUUCACAACCUGCCGCUGUCUUCCAGUGCCCCACCUGCCGCUAUGUCAUUAACCUCAGCCACAAAGGCCUAGAGGAGCUCAAACGCAACGUGACCCUGCAGAACAUCAUCGACCGCUUUCAGAAGGCCUCUCUGAGUGGACCCAGCUCCCCGGACGAAACCCGCCGCUGUAAACAGGACCGGGACCGAUACCCCUUCGUAGGGAACGACGCACUGGUCAUGAGCUCGCCCGGUGAAAGCGUCCUGUGCCAGUUCUGUGAGCAGGACCCACCUCAGGAUGCCGUAAAGACCUGCAUCACCUGCGAGGUGUCGUACUGUGAGGAGUGUCUACGAGCCACACACCCCAACAAGAAGCCCUUUACGGGCCACCGUCUCACAGAGCCCCUGCCUCACUCUUACCUGCUUGGGCUGGCCUGUGCUGAGCACCUGGACCAGAAGGUGAACAUGUACUGUUGUACAGACGAACAGCUGAUCUGCUCCCUCUGCAAACUGGUGGGACGGCACCGCGAGCACCAGGUGACUGCUCUCGCAGAGAGAUAUGACAAGCUUAAGCAUAUGUUGGAUUUGAACCUCAGUAGUCUGAUGAAGAGGAGCAGUGAGCUGGAAAACUUGCUGGGCAGAUUGAUCCAGACGUGUCAGUACGUGGAGGUACGUUCACUGAUCCACACGUGUCAGUACGUGGAGGGACGUUCACUGAUCCAGAUGUGUCAGGACGUGGAGGUACGUUCACUGAUCCAGACGUGUCAGUACGUGGAGGUACGUUCACUGAUCCAGACAUGUCAGUAUAUGGAGGUACGUUCACUGAUCCAGAUGUGUCAGGACGUGAAGGUACAUUCACUGAUCCAGACGUGUCAGAACGUGGAGGUACGUUCAUUGGUCCAGACGUGUCAGGUCAUGGAGGUACGUUCACUGGUCCAGACGUGUCAAAACGUGGAGGUACGUUUACUGGUCCAGACGUGUCAGGACGUGGAGGUACGUUCACUGAUCCAGACGUGUCAGUACGUGGAGGUACGUUCACUGAUCCAGACGUGUCAAGACACGGAGGUACGUUCACUGGUCCAGACGUGUCAGGACGUGGAGGUACGUUCACUGAUCCAGACGUGUCAGUACGUGGAGAUGAAUGCGUCCCAUCAGGAAGACAGGCUGAUCGAGGAAUGUGAUGUUCUUAUUGACAUUGUUCAGCAAAGGAGGCAAAUCAUUGGGACCAAGAUUAAAGAAGGCAAGGCGGUGAGGUUACAUAAGCUGGCACAGCAGAUCGCCAGCUGUAAGCAGUGUAUCGAGAGGUCCUCCACCCUCAUCAAUCAGGCUGACCACACCCUUAAAGAGACAGACCACGCCCAUUUCCUGCAGACUGCCCGCAGCAUCUCAGAGAGGUUGUCAAUGGCAACAGCAUCGUCACAGAUCCUGAUUCCUGAGAUUAACUUGAGUGACACUUUUGACACAUUUACGCUGGACUUCAGCAGAGAGAAGAAGAUGCUAGAAGCUCUAGAUUACUUGACAGCUCCAAACCCACCGGCUAUCCGCGAAGACCUUUGUACGGCGUCUCAUGAUGCCAUCACUGUCCACUGGACAGCAGAGGACGAGUUUAGCAUCGUCUCCUAUGAGCUCCAGUACACAAUCUACACCGGCCAGGCCAACAUUGUCAGUCUGUGUAAUUCAGCAGAGAGCUGGAUGCUUGUGCCCAACAUCAAGCAGAACCACUACACUGUGCAUGGUCUGCAGAGUGGAACCAGGUACAUCUUCAGGGUGAAGGCCCUGAACCACGCUGGGGGCCGCAGCAGCGAACCAGCAAAACUUAAAACCAACAGCCAGCCCUUUAAACUGGAUCCAAAGUCUGGUCACAGGAAGCUGAAAGUCUCUCACGAUAACCUGACUGUGGAGAGGGACGAGAUGUCAAAGAAGAGUCAUGUUCAGGACCACUUAAGCAGCCCAGCGGAUUACGGCAUCGCUGGGAACGUCUGUAUCGACAGCGGGCGCCACUACUGGGAGGCUCUGGUUGGAGGAAGCACAUGGUUUGCCAUUGGCAUCGCCUACAAGUCUUCGCCCAAACACGAGUGGCUUGGGAAGGACUCUGAUUCCUGGGUGCUGUGUCGCUGCAACAGCACGUGGGUGGUGCGGCACAACGGCAAAGAGCUUCCUGUCAGCCCUCCCCCACAUGUUCGCCGUAUUGGUGUCCUGCUGGAUUACGACUCGGGCUCUCUGGGUUUCUACAGCGCCACCGGCACACAGCGCCUCCACGAAUUCAGCAUUGCCUUCUCCCAGCCAGUGUGCCCCAUCUUCAGUGUGUGGAGCAAGGGAGUAUCCAUCGUCACUGGCCUACCUGUGCCAGACCACCUGGACGCAAGUGAGCCACAGGUCUAGGGCAUGCUGGGCAAGCAUGUGCGCAAGAUGGGGCUAAAGUUACCAGAGCAACAGCCCAUUUGCCCUGUCUGGCUGCACUACCACCCAUAAGGAAGUAAAUAAAUAAUUGUUGUAUUUUUGUGGCUGCAUAAAUACCAGUAGCCCAUAGUUGCUUAAGUUAGACCAAACGAAAUGGAUUUAAAGUGAUUAAAGUGUUGGCCUGUGUCUGCUCUCAUGACAUUGUAGCAUCCAACCUUGGUAUUGUGGAUGAAGCGAUCUAGGUUAGGGUUAGGUUAUGGAUGUUAUGGAAAUGAUUAAGGAUGAUUCCAGAGAUUCCCUGUGAAUAAAACCUCCACAUAUGCAUCCAAACAAUGCGCACCAUGUCAGAAUAUUGCCUUACCUUAUGCUAUCACAUGACCCAAUAUUAACUAGCUAGCUAACAUAUAGGCAGCUAUCUGAAUGACGCUGACAUUAGAACUUCUUUCAUAUUGCAAGCUAACAACAGCUUCCAAGAAGUUAACGUCCACGCCCUAGCUUGAGACACCUGAUAGCUCCAGACAUUCUGUGGUAUUCAUUCAUGGAGACAGUAGAUAUGAGUUCAAUAAAAUGCUUUGUUUUGGAUGAUACAGUGAAGCAUAUCACCAAUUGCCAAUUUCCAAUUACUUAAAUUUGCAAAAUGAACUUUACAAUUUUUACUUUGUAUGAUAUAUAUACAAUGAUACCAACUCAUCUGAUACCAAGUCAUCUGAGUUCAGAAAUGUAUUUUUUAUUAUUAUAAAAAUGAUAAAAUCAUAUUGCUGUUAAAGUUGCUUACAGGAAAUUAUAUCUGCAAUAAUGUGGCAACUUACACUAACAAUGUGUAGUUUUUUAGACUUCAUUAGUCUUUAAAAUGUAAAACAACAAAUCUUUGCAAAUUUUAAACUGUUUUUUUUUUUAAGUUAAAAACCAUAUUUUACAUCAUUCUGAUACAUGCUGAUGGCUGACAUAUGGGGUGAUGAGACUUUUUCAGAUUAGAGGAUCAUGCUUCUGAAUGGCUGUGUACAUCCCUGGUGUUGAGCAGCUAAAACAUUCGCACAGCCAAUGCCGGCACAUGUCCACUCUGGUCCAACUGAAUGAGAUCUGUCAUGUUUUGAAAUAAACUGGGGCCUUGGACACGUUUCUUACCUUCUCUCAGAUUUACAGCCAAUGACCUUUAGUGAAAGAUUUAUUUAUGAAAACAAUACAUAUAUUAAUUUUGCCCUUUUCUUGGCCAGUUAGUAGACUUUAUCCAACCAAAUGUUCAGUUUAGAGGAUACACUGUAUCCAUCGCCUGCCUAAACCCUAGGAGUAUGUUUGUUUAACUAAUUAAGAGACUGAGGCUUCAGUCUGGUUUCCACUGAACACUUUAGUGAUGAAUAUAUUUUGUCUGUUCAUCUGUAGAUUAAAGCAUGGCUGUUUCCAAAUGA